UCAAAUUUCUUCCUAUAAAAUAAUUGGCAUCUUGAAUCCCUUGCUAUUCUCUAUAUAUAAAGCUCCUUCCUGCCAUGUUUAGUAUAUCAUAUUUCUUGGUUUUUGUAUCUUAUAAACAUGAACACGAGCUAAACCUCUUCGUCUGAAUGCAUUACUAGACUCAUCUUAAAUGUAUGUACCCUUUGGCUAAUUAUGCUUAUAAAAAAACAAGAAAACCAAUGUUUGUUAAUGGGUUCUCAACAUACUUCGGUAUCCAUUAACGGCAUCUCGCAAUGACUAAUGUAAAUGAUGCAGGAUGUAUGUAAUUAGAUUAGGAAAAGAACGGAAAUAGAUUUUAAAACUCCGAAAAUGAGAGCAAGCAGAUUGUCAGUUAAAUCUCGGCAGAGGCGUGGCUCCGUCUCUUAUCAAGGCGGUUCGCAGAACUCCGGCGUCAGAAAGACCAGAACGCCAGCUUGUUCAACGUCCAGUUUCUCCUCGAAUGAAGAAGAACCUCGACAAUUUCUGAGACGUGAAAAUGGGCGGACUUCAAGCAAUGGUGUUAGCUGUGGUUCUUCUUGCGGAAGGAGGGCUUUCCAUGUCACUGGAAGAGCCACUAGGCCUAAAGGCAGACGGAUUCGUUCGUAAAGAGAAAGCCUUUUGCGUGAACUACCCUGGUAAACCGACCAGGAAUGAAGUCAGCGAGUUUGUCGUUAACCAACGAGGUGGAGAUGAGAACAACGAUAAAGCCUUGGAUAAGUACCUGGAAAAUCUAUCGAAGCACAUCGAGAAGAAGCUUCGAGACGCCAUCCCGCGCAAGAUCGUGAUACCUGGAUUCCAGGCCGAGAUUGGCUCUUACGAGAUACUCGUUCCCAAGAUAACGCUAGAGGACCUAUCCAAAAUAGUAAUUGAGAAGGGCCAACUCCUCAAGGAUGUCAGUGGAGAGGUUGCUGGAAUAAAGAUAGCGGGUUACUUCAAGGAGAUAGAAGCCGAAGCCAGAGGCACGUUGACGAAGGACGGCGUGAAUUCCGAACUGAUCGUCGACGGAGAGACUGUCGGACCUCUGAUCGCUACUUCCUUGAUCUUGGACCGUCGAUCCUGCAGCCUGAGUGUGGGAACGUCCGAGAUAAGAUACUUCCAGAUGAAGUCCACCAGAGUGUGUCGCAAGGGACGCCUGGCCAACAAACUCUCGAACCUGCUCUCCGCCUUCUACAGAGUCAGCCUCCUCUUCGCCAACAAAACGCUCUCGGUCACCGAGACCCAGAAGUUCUUCGUCGGGACUAAGGAGUUGAUCCAGGACGUCCUCGACACCAACCCGGUCCCUGAGGACCUGAGGAGCACCUCCCUCGGCUGUAUAAUCCCGACGACGGCUGGCCCCUCGGCCGUCGUGCCCUCGAAUAGUCCUUCUUCUUCGGCGUACCCGGAGGAGUCUCACAAGUCGUCUUCGUUCGACUCGUCUGGAAGGGUGCUGAACGACGAGGCGUUUGCUAGCGUCCUGCCUGCUAAGACUGUUACUGUUCAACCCAAGGCUGGCUUUUAGGCUGUCUGCUGGCUUCUAGAUUUUCUGCUAGGCCUUAGAUUGUCUGCUAGGUUUUUAGACGGUCUAUUGGCCAUUAGACUCUGCUGGCCUUGAGACUAUCUGCUGGCUUUUAAACUGCCUAUUGGUCUUCAGAUUGUCUGCUGACCUUGAGACUAUCUGCUGGCUUUUAGACUGCCUAUUGGUCUUCAGAUUGUCUGCUGACCUUGAGGCUGUCUAUUGGUUUUUAGACUGUCUGCUAGGCCUUUAGACUGUCUGCUGGCUUUUAGACUGCCUAUUGGUCUGUAGACUGUCUGCUGGCCUUUAGACUAUCUGCUGGCUAUUAGACUCUGCUAGCUUCUUGCAUUUGUACCAUUAAGUAGAAUAAUAACAACAAAAAUAUAAAAACACACAAAACUAAUAUCCAGUUUGAGAAAUUGAUUAUGGAACCGACAAACAACACUAACGGGAGACUUACGUAGUAUAUACUGGCAUAUUAUAUCUUAUCACCAUAGACCUGCCUUGAAUGCUCUGUGGAUAUACUGCAAGGUAUAUAUGGUGUCCAAAUUGAAACACACAUAUUCUCUUCUUUUUAAAAUGAAGUAAUAAUACAUAUAACAUACACAAUGCUCAAGCAUUUUACUCUGAAGGCCAGCUAACAGAAUUCCUUAUUCCAGCUCUGUCUGCAUUGCAUAAAUACUGACAUCUUUUUGUCCAUUUCAUGUGUGAUUGAUGCAUAAUUAAUAUUUAUUAUUAUCAUUGUUACUUACCAUCAAGAUUCAGUUGAUUCCGUUCACACUUACUAACUGAAAGAGCGGUAUUUUGAUAUGUGUAAUG